AUGGCCUCUUCCGCCAGCGCCGACGCGACAUGGCUUCCCAGCGCGGGCCUGCUCGCCGGCCACGAGUUCGACCAGACCACCAUCGCCGCCACCCUGGUCGCCCUGCUCACGCUGCCCGUCAUCGCGAGCUACCUCUUGGGCAAGAAGGACAAUGGCAUCCCGCUCGCCAACCCGCCCAGGCGGUUCCAGCCCGAGGCCAUGGCCAAGAUUGAGUUUUCCACCGACGCCCCCCGCAUCCUGAAAGAGGCCAGAGAGCGGUUCCCCAACAAGCCCUUCCGUUACCUGAGCCCGUGGGGCAUGAUCAACCUGCUGCCGUCGGACAUGGCCCUCACCGUGAAGAACAACGCCCCGCUUCUCAGCUUUCGGAAGAAGCUCAGCGAGCGACACCCCGCCAUCAUCCCGGGUUUCGAAACCUUCAGGAACCUUGACCACCCGGGCGAGGUAGUGCAAAACGUCGUCAAAAAGCAUCUGACCAAGAGACUGAACACCAUCACCGAGCCGCUUGCUCUCGAAACAGCGUUUGCGGUGAACAAGUUGCUAGGCCAGCCAUCUGACUGGGCCGAGACACCCCUCUACGACACGAUGCUGGGUCUCGUCGCGCGCCUUUCUUCCAGGGUUUUCCUCGGGCCCGAGCUCUGCCGCGACGCGGCGUGGCUGGAUAUAACGGCGAAUUACACAAAGGCCGAAAUCCAGGCCUUCGUGGCCCUCGGCUUUUUCCCCUAUCUGCUCCGGCCCAUCAUCGCCUUUUUCGAUCCCACCUGCCGGGCCGUCGCGAGGGAGAAGGCCCGGGCGGUCCUGAUCGUCGAGGGCGAGCUCGAGCGGCGUCGCAAGGAGAAACAGGAGUGCGCCGCCCAGGGCGUUGCGCCGCCCACAUACAACGACGCCAUCGAGUGGGCCGAGAUGGAGGCUGGCAGCCCCCCGGUCAACCCUACCGAUUUCCAGCUCACCCUCUCGUUCGCCGCCAUCCACACCACGACCGACCUCAUCUCCCAGACGAUGCUGAUGCUCGCCAUGACCCCGGGAUCUAUCGAGGCUUUGCGGGAGGAAGCGGUCGAGGUCCUGGCGUCUGGGGGCUGGACCAAGAACUCCCUGUACCAUUUGAAGUUGAUGGACAGCGCCCUGAAGGAAGCCCAACGUGUUAGGCCGCCUGCGUAUGACGGCCUGCAGCGCAAGGCCAUGGCCGACUUCGUCCUGCCCAACGGCCAAAAGCUCCGCAAGGGCGACCUCGUCGCCGUCGACGAGCACGCAGGGCUGUGGGACCAGCACGAGAACCCGGAAAAGUUCGACAUGUACCGGUUCCGGCGCAUGCGCGAGACGGCGGGCGGCGAGCACAAGGCGCAGCUCGUCUCCACGACGCCCGAGCACAUGGUCUUCGGGCUCGGCAAGUACGCCUGCCCCGGCCGCUUCUUCGCCGCCAACGAGGUCAAGAUCGCGCUCUGCCACCUCCUGCUCAAGUACGACUGGGAGCUGGCCCCCGGGACGCCGACCGACCCCAUCGUGGCGGGCGGCUUGCCUGCCAUCGACCCGGCGGCCAGGCUGCGGCGUAGGGUGAGGGUGCCCGAGAUUGAUCUUGACGCCCUCGAGGUUGAGAAGACGGCCGAGUAGGCUGGGCAUCAUGGCUCUGGUGGCCGCCAUCACGGGACGGCUGGGGCGAAAGGGCAGCCGGAGCAAACUUGGCUGGGAGACGGGCGCUCAAAACGACGACGGCAGAUGGGCGGAGGUGGAAAGUUGGAUUGUCACGUACCAUGUGUCCAGCCUCUCUGGCAGGGUUUUUUUCUUUCUUUUUUUCUUUGACUGGAUUCGAUGGGCUACCGAUCAAGUUUGACUGAUAGUCUUUUUAUCCGGCUUUUCUGAAUAGUAUUUUUACACCUCAAGCACAGGUUUCGUCCCGUUUCGCACCUACUGGAACAUUCAGUAGCUAUUGCUUAUUCCGG